AUGACGAAUUUUCCGCGUGAUUUCAAUCAACCACCAUCGACUGAAACGAAUGUUAAGCGCCAUAUUCAAUCAAAUUUCAGCGAAUGGUUCUCGACAGGUAUGAAAGAAGAUAAUCAAACUGUUGAAUGUUCUCCUGCCUAUACGUCACAAUGUCUUCGCUUUCUCUUAGGAUAUUAUGUGGCUGCAGGUAUUUCCAUCCAGAUUGAUGUAUUAGAACAAGUAGGUGCAACUGGAUGGUCAGCGCGAAUAGGUUAUCACAGCGAUGAUCUUGAAGUAUGUCUUCUCACGAGAAUUGCUUUUAUAGCACAAUAG